GGGAUGGAGCAGUGCACUGUUCUGGAAUGUUCUAGAGACUCCAACUGUUCUGGAACACUCUAGAACCUCCAGGCAAAGGACUGGAACCAGGAUCACAGAGCAUUCCAAGGCCUUCCCAGCCUGGGUGGGGCCAGCCCCCGCUCCAGAACCUGCAGCGGGCCUCAUGUGGAUGCUGGCACUAGGUGGGAUCUUCCUGGCAGCCGCCCAGGCCUGUGUCUUCUGCCGCUUCCCAGACCGUGACUUGUCGGGCCGCCUGGCUCAGCUUUGCAGCCAGAUGGAGGCCCAGUGGAAGGACUGUGAAGUCUCCUGGAACUUCUCGGCCUUUGCCUUAGAUGAUGCAUCCUUGAAAAAAGUCACAGAGAAGACUCACAGAGUCCUGAGGGUCAUGGAGAUCGAAGGGUCUCUCUCCUCACUCCUUUCAUAUUGGAAAUGGCUUCAAAAGACCAAGCUCCCAGAAUACAACAGGGAAGCUCUCUGCGCUCCCGCCUGCCGGGGCAGCACCAUCCUGUACAACUGCUCCACCUGCCAGGGCUUCGAGGUGUACUGCUGGCCCCGAAAGCGCUGCUUCCCAGGUCCUUACUCCCCACCCCUGCCUCACCCCGCGCAGAUCUCUGAGCUGUUAGGCUACCCCAGCAUCGAUGGGUGUGGUCCCCGGGAUCAUUCACUGCCUCCUGGGGUCCCUGCAGGAAGUCACGAUCUUUGGGAAGCCAGGAUUCUGCUGCUCUUUGUCUCCGGAGCCGCCCUCCUCCUGGGUAUUCUGAGCUUCGCGGUGGAGUACAGCCACCUCCAAGCAAAAAGUGACUUGUGAAGACGAGGACACAUCUUAGCCUCCAGUUCUAAGGAGCAUGUGCCCACAACUUCCACUUCUCUCGUGGGGCGGGGUGGGGGGGGGAGGGGGGCAACCAGAGCCUUAGUUCCAGCCCCAACGGUUCAGUCUUCCAGACCCUGAUACCCAGACAUCCCCACAAUCCCAGCGUCAGAUGGCGUCCAGGGACCCAGGCACCCACAGCUGGAAAGUUCCUCCCCUCCAGUCCUCAACCAAUCAGACAGAGGCAGUCACCGUGCCAGGAAAAUAUCUACAGAAGGAAAGAAUCCCCUCCAUACACACUCCCACUCCCACACCCCCUUCUGCCUGUUCCCGGAAAGCGGGGGCUGUCUGCCCCAGAAGCUCCUCUUGGCCCUCCUGUGACUGAUUGGGAAUCCGGGAAUGAGUGUUCUGGAAAAGUCCCUCCCCCUAGAGUGAGACCACAUCACUCAGACUGCUGGCAUGCUACCCUUCCAUUUAAUACUGUGAAGGCUCCCACAGAGGCCCAACUAAACCUGUUGUCAAAUGGC